AUGGACUUGAUGGAGGCUUCGAUUCUACUUCAUGUGGGAAUUGUGCUUCUUUUGCUGUGGAUACUCUCUUCAUUCAAUUGUUGCCACCCAAUCGCCUACUUUCUCUCCCUAAUCUAUCUCUAUCUGAUUUAUGAGCGAUAUGAUAUGAGAUUGCGGAGGAAAAUCCAAUUUGAGGAAAGAAGAAAGUCUAGUCGAAGAAGGGCACUUUUUGAGUCCGAAACAGUGCGUUGGUUAAACAAUGCUGUUGAAAAAAUCUGGCUUGUUUGUAUUGAGCAGAUUAUUUCCCAGAAAAUUCUCCUCCCUAUCAUACCUUGGUUCUUGCAGAAGUACAAGCCGUGGACCGUGAAGAAAGCUGUGGUUCAGCAUCUGUAUAUGGGAAGAUCUCCACCUAUUUUCACUGAAAUGAGGGUUAUUCGUCAACCUAAUGAUGACGACCACUUGGUUUUGGAAUUGGGAAUUAAUUUUCGUGCUGCGGAUGAUAUGAGUGCAAUACUUGCUGUAAAACUGAGGAAAAGAUUGGGUUUAGGAAUGCGGACAAAGUUGCAUUUGAUGGGCAUGCACAUUGAAGGAAAGGUCUUGAUUGGGUUGAAGUUCCUUCACAAGUGGCCCUUCCUUGGUCGUCUGCGUGUCUGCUUUGCGGAGCCUCCAUAUUUUCAGAUGGUUGUGAAACCUCUUUUCACGCGUGGCCUUGAUGUUACAGAACUUCCUGGGAUCGCUGGAUGGCUGGAUAAGCUUCUGGCCCUUGCCUUUGAGGAAACACUUGUUGAGCCCAAUAUGCUGGUGGUUGAUGUGGAAAAAUUUGCUUCACCCUCACCCCAGCCAGAAAGUUGGUUCUCUGUUGAUGCGAAAGAUCCCAUUGCCCAUGCGAUGGUGGAAGUUGUUGAAGCAUCUGAUAUGAAGCCAUCAGACCCAAAUGGGUUGGCUGAUCCUUAUGUGAAAGGGCAACUUGGCCCUUACAGAUUUAGGACUAAGCCGCAAAGGAAGACACGGACUCCAAAAUGGAAUGAGGAAUUCAAGAUCCCCAUCUUUACAUGGGAAUCACCUAAUGUGCUUGCUAUCGAAGUGUGUGACAAGGACCAUUUUGUCGAUGAUUCACUGGGGUCUGUUACUUUCUCCUUUUGAUAGCAGCACAGAAAAUGCACAGCUAUUUACUUUUAUGCUGUGGAAGCGAGUUUAUUCUCUAUUCUGAAUUAAGUUUACUUAAAUGAUCAUUUGAUUCAUCAAACUGUUAUUUUUCCUUUCCAUAUUUAUUCAUAAUUGCAAAGUACUGAUGUGUUUUAUAUGUUUCC